UCCAGCAACAUUGCUACAUCGGUGGCACCCAAAGUUGUGUCAACUUGUAUAUCAUACUAAUUGGCUAGUAUCUUGAUUCUUGACCAAUAUAUUGAUAGCUUGGUGGUGAUUCAGCUGAAGCUGGGUAGGCAUCACCCUGGUCAAUAAUUUUAAGUCCGGGUUUGCAGAGCUGAUGUCUUCAGUCAUUUUGAGAUAAUUGCUACUUGCCUACCCGCCAAAUACUCUAAUCUUGGUCAUUGUCAGGGUCACCAGGGCGCCACCACAAAUAUGAUAGAACCAUGAUAACAUCGGUAAGUAUCUAAGUUUGAGUUUACAGCAUCUAUAAAAUUAGAACUGAUGUGCAGAUGUGCAUACGAAGUUAAAGAAAUAAGAAAAAUGAAUACAAUUGGAUAGGUUUCAGUUUAGUUGGAAUGUACAGAUCAAAGGAGAUAGAAGAAGAAAAAUUACAUUGACGCAAUGAAUAUAGACGAGCAUCUGAAAGGAGUCAUCACAAAGACAAUUAAGGAUGUCAGAAUUCUUGACCUCCCAUUUUCCAAAGCAUUUUACAAGCUUAUCCUAGGACAGGUAUUUUGGACCUUACAUUCUUGAAAUAUGUUGAACCGGUAUGGGCCCUAGCCCAUCUUGAUCUGUCUCUUGGGCCCAAGCCCAUGAGAGGUGCUGACCUAGAAGAGGAGCCCCUCUUCCCUUCCUCCUGUAUGUGCCGCCACAUCUAAGACACACACGACAAAGUCACGGACAGGGUGAGCCCGCGAUUCAACAUGGUAUCAGACCAGGCUAUGGAGGCGGCGGCGGCGUAGUUGCUCGCCGGCGAGGUGGCGGGGUCCGGCGGGGCCAGGCGCGACAGAGACGGCUGCGUGCGGGGCUGUGUGCGCGCGCGCGAGGCGGCUGUGCUGUGACGCGGAGGUGUGGGGCCGGCAGGAGAAGAGGCGGAGGAGGAUAAAGGAGAGGCAGCGCCUGAGGGUGCGGGAGGAGGAGGAGCUGCUCCCACAGGAGCAGGACAGGCAGGAGGCCCAGGUGGCCAGGUGGAGGAGGACGCUAGGAGGAGAGGCGGCUGGCGGGGGUGAUCCUGUGCAGGCUGCUAGAGUGCUCAAUCUGAAACAGGAAGAGCUUGGGCUGGACUGCUGGAGUGUGCUGCUGCUACUGCUCCUACUCUCCAAGGGUUGUUGACUCUGCAGCUUGCUCGUGAGGGGCUGUGAGCUGCUGCUGUUGGUGCUGCUGAACAGAAGAGGAACUGCAGCUGCUGUUGCCGCCUUGUGUUGUUCCUGGAAGCUUGCUGAGCUGCUGGUGCUUGUGCGGCUGGUUCUUGGUGUUGCGGCAGAGGAAGAAAGAAGUGCAGCCUGCUGGACUGCUCAUUCUGGAACAGGAAGAAGCUGGGCUGGACCGCUUGUGUGCUUUACAGAGAUUUUUUUUUCUCUGUGGACUUGCUGUUGUGAACUUGGUGUUGUGGUGGUGGUGCUGCUUGGGAAAGAAGACUCUCUGAGGCUGAGUUUUGCUGUUGCUGCUUAUCCUGUCAAACGAUGGCUGAACCAACUGGUCUUGCCGAGGCUUUGGAGAAGCUCGCUAAGAUCCUCGCGGAGUCCAACUCUGGGGCCAUCGUUCCUCGACAGGAAGUGGCUCAAAAGCUUGAAAUGUUGCCCCUGGACAUGAAGCUAGAGGGGGCAACAAAUUAUUUGAGCUGGUCCAGGAGGGCUUUGUGGGCUGUGGAGCAGAAGGAGCUUGAUGGAUAUUUGUUGGGCACCGUUGUAGAACCAGGGGACAAGUGUAGUGCAGAGGGCAAGAGGUGGAAGGUCAUCCACUCUGUACUUAUGGUGUGGUUGUUGAACUCUGUGGUGCCCUCCAUUGGACGCUCUGUGGAGGGGCUAUCCUCACCUGCUGAGAUAUGGAAGAUUCUGUCCACUCAAUACUCUGGCAAGGGCAAUGUCAUGCUCAUUGCUCAGAUUGAGGACAAGAUUAGGUUGCUGCGCCAGGAUGAUGGCAUGUCAGUGAUGACAUACGUGGCAGAACUGCAGGCUCUGUGGGCUGACCAGGAUAACUGUGAUCCCCUGGAACUCUAUGACGCGGCUUCAAUCGAGUCAGGGCAUAAGUGGAUGGCACGCAGGCGUGUGCUGAAAUUUUUAGCUGGCCUCAAAGGUUGCUUUGAUGGCAGGAAGGCUUCCUUGUUGCACCAACCUAGUCUGCCUACCAUUCCCGAGGCUAUUGCAGCGAUGACUCAAGAGGAGGUGCGUCUAUCCCUUGAGCAUGCAGACGUGAAGGUUGUGCCAGCUUCGACAUUUGCAGUCACUGAGCGCAUGGAGUGGGGAGAUCCCACCAAAUGUCAUAUCUGUGGGGAGGUAGGUCACUGGAAGAGAGAAUGUCCAACUCGUGGCAGAGGCAGGGGAUAUAACAGAGGGGGAACAGGCAGAGGUAGAAGUGCUAGAGGCAGAGGUGGAUACUCAGAGACCUCAUGGGGCCAGGCUUCUAGAGGCAGAGGUGGCUACUCAGGACACUCAGGGGGUCAGAGGGCUCACAUGGCCGUUGCAGGAGACACUGGGACGUCCAAAGGCAAAGAUGUAGAUGAUGUUGUCUAUGGAGACUUUGCUCACUGGGCCUCCACUGAUGAAGGUGCGACAGACGAGCCAGACGGUUGGGACUGGCACCAGGCGUAGGGGGCUCUGGUACAUGGACCAGGAGGUGCAGCCGGACUUGGUGUGUGCUGCGACCAUGGAGGAUAAGGAGAAGCAGGCGAUGAUCCAUCACUGUAGGAUGGGGCAUGUAUCUUUUGAUAAGAUGAGUAGAAUAUUUCCGGAUGUUAUGUGUGGAAUAGGCAAAGGCAAGCUGACAUGUGAUGCUUGUGAAUAUGCAAAACACACACGGGCCUCAUAUGUGAGUAAGGGGCUCAGGAGCAUAUCUCCUUUUAUGCCUAUUCAUUCGGAUGUAUGGACUAGCCCAGUGGUGUCAAUGAAUGGGAAGAAGUAUUUUGCUACCUUUA